GCAGCGCUGUAUUAUCUUUACGGACAACAAUCCCCUAAGUCACCUGUCUACUGCAAAACUAGGAGCAUUAGAGCAGCGCUGGGUUGCCCAGAUGGCUCCAUUCGACUACGAGAUCAAAUAUCGCUCCGGCAGACAGAACCGCAAUGCGGAUGCUCUGUCGAGGCAGAACCCCUCGGACCAUCCUGUUUUGGCGGAUUUGGCCCUGGGCACGACCCUUCCAACUGCCUUACAGCAAGUUGAGCAGGCACAGCCAGUAACGCAGGUGGUUCAAGCGGUGGUUACGGCGUUCCCUGAUAACAAAACCUCCCAUUUGCACUCUAGUCAGGAACAAGAUCCCGUCUUCCAGGAGGUUGUGCCACAUUGGAGGCGAGGUGUUAAACCUGGGCCUGCUGAGAGACAGCGAAUGUCCAAGUCGGCAUUGGUUCUCUUACGCCAGUGGGACCGACUAGUGGAAAGGGAAGGUGCCAUAUACCGUAGGGUGUUUCGUUCAGACGGAGCAGAGGAAUAUUUCCAACUGUUGCUUCCUGCUAAGUUGAAGUCUGAUGUUCUGACCCAGCUACAUCAGGAGCAUGGCCACCAGGGGGUGGAGCGCACCUUGGACUUGGCCCGUAAACGGUGCUAUUGGCCCGGGAUGUCCUCCGAUGUGGCUCGUUGGUGCCUUGAGUGCGAGCGAUGUCAAACUGCAAAAGACACUAAACCCCCAGCACGUAGCUUCAUGGGGCAUUUGUUGGCCUCAAGGCCAAAUGAGGUGCUUGCUGUGGAUUUCACGUCACUGGAACCGUCUCGGUCGGGUGUGGAAAAUGUUCUAGUUAUGACUGACGUGUUCAGUAAGUUUUCGCUGGCCAUCCCAACCCAGGACCAGCGUGCCUCCACCGUGGCAAGAGUGCUUGUCCAUGAGUGGUUUUACAAGUUCGGUGUCCCUGCUCGCAUCCAUUCCGACCAAGGUCGUUGUUUUGAGGCAAUUCUCAUCCAACAACUUUGCCAGCUCUAUGGUGUGGAGAAAUCACGCACCACGCCCUACCAUCCUGCCGGUAAUGGCCAGUGUGAGCGGUUUAACCGCACCCUACAUAACCUCCUCCGUACUCUGCCAGCAUCUCGAAAAAGAGAUUGGGUUGCGUGCCUCCCACAGCUGCUCUUCUGUUAUAAUACCACCCCGCAUUCAGCAACCGGUGAGUCCCCUCACUUCCUGUUGUUCGGCCAGGAGCCACGCCUACCGCUUGACUUUUUGCUGGGAACAGUACCCGACCCUGUAGCCGGGACGGUGCAUGAUUGGAUUGACGAACACCAAGCCAGGCUGCAAGUCGCCUUUCAGGGGGCUGAAGGCCGGCUUCGAGCUGCAGCCGGUAAACGGAAAGAGGCCCAUGACCGUCAGGUUAAAGAUCUACCACUGGGGGAGGGUGAGUUGGUCUACCUCCGUAACCUCAGUAGGAGGGGCUGCCACAAAAUUCAGGACCUGUGGAGCCCAGUGGUAUACGAGGUUAUCAAAGCCCCCCCAGUAAACGGGGCGGUGUACACUAUUGCUCCAGUGACUGAUCGGAGCAAAGUCCGACAGGUACAUCGUGGUCUCAUUAAAGCCCGGCUAGGGAGCGAUGCACCGGUAGGCCCGCCUUACACAAGUCCGCCAGUCGUUGAGACUGUUGUCGUGACGGAGGACGACAUGGAUGUUGAUCUGGCGUUCUUGCCCCCGACGUCACUGCUACAUCCAGUAGCGACGCCUGUUGUUGCCCUUGCCUGUCCGGGCCCCCAGGUGUUGCCUGCUGACCCCCCAACAGUAAACACCAGUAUCCCAGCCAGCCCCUCCCCUAGUCUAGACACUCAAACUAGUACUAGCGGAGAGGUUCAUACUGACAGUACACCCGUAGUACGGGUGGUAGAGAGUCUGGAUCAGGUAGAGGUCAGUAUGCCAGUACUAUCGCCAGUGGUCCCAGAGUCGAGCAUUGGUGGAGUGGCUCUACGCCGGACAUGUAGAGCCAUGGCAGGCCAACAUUCUAACAUUCACCAUUUACCUCAGACAGCCGGCCAGAUGGGGGUGUGCCCCAGUGGCCCUGUGUCGAGUCCAGUUGGUGCUGCUCUUCAAACCCAGGGUUCGAAUGGGGCUGCCAACCGGCCUAUCGUCGGGACGCCGACUGAAAAUGUGGGGGUAGAUUGUGGUGAGACGCAGGGGCAGAGCCCUUUGUAAUGAUCAGGGCCGUCACAGCCAAUGGCUUGCGUCUCCACCUUAUUUAUUCUGAGGUAGCUUUUUGUGUCGGGAGGUGCCACAAUUUGUCUCCUCGUUAUUUCCUGCUACGCCCCUCCAGGCAACUUGCUACCGGUAUGUACGCGUGCUUUCCCUAUGGACGCUCUGGCUGAUUUGUUUGGCAUGGUGAUUUACUUUUUCACACUGGUCGCUUUGCAGCGCUUGUGCCUGUUGCUUGCUGGUGCCUGCUGGUGCCCUGCCUUGGUUGGUGAUGCGUGCAGGUUGUUGAUCGCGUAACAGUCUCGGUGUGGAUUCCAACCGAAUGCUAACAUUCAGCUGUGAGCCGCUGGCUUAAGUAGGAAGUUGCCAACUUCCUGGUACUGCCGAUUGUGUCGUUGCCGACUGCUGUUUUUGCCACCCGUUGUUUACCACCAAAGCUGCCCAACUGUCCUGGGCUAGCCUGGAGGAUAGCGGCGAAGACGCUAACGACCACUCUUUGAACGUGAUCUGUCUGUUGACUUGUCCUUGUGUGUUUCCAUCUGCCCGUGUCGCAACUAGUGUGUGUCGGUGUGUGUGUGUGUGUGUGUGUAGAGUGUUGGCGAGUGCGUGCGUGUUUGUCCUGGGGAAGUGUUUGGUUUAA